CCCUCUCUCUCUCUCUCUCUCUCUCUGUGUGUGUGUGCAAUGUGUUCAAUGUUGUGAAUCCCAUAUAUAUUGGCAGGCCUAUGGCCUUCUGGGUUCGCUCAGUGGACAGACUGAGGUUGCUGGAAAGCUUUAGUCGGGAGCAUUAAGCAAGUUUGAGAAAGAAAUAAAUUAAUUUGGGCCAUGGAUAACAAGCAACCCCUUCUUCUGAGCCAAGGAUUUGGAGGACAUGUUAAUUAUUAUGUCAAUCUCAGGAAGACAUCUCUUUCUGUAACCUUUGCAAAAUGGAUCCUCAAGAUUGCCAUGUGGGUGCUUUUCAUUUCAUGGGUUGCUCUAAUGUUUCUGUUCCCAUCAGAUUUCAUGCAGAAAUUAUUUCACAAAUCGAUCCAAGCCACUCAAGGAACUGUUUUUGGGAUCACAGGAAGCCUAUUCCUGGUUUUCAGUAGCCCAAUUCUCACUAUUGCACUGCUUUCUAUAGCAUUUCUUAUUAUCUCUGGCGAAGAGCAGCUCCACGAGAACAAGACUUCAAAAUGUCCGAGUUUCCGCUUAUGGACGUUCCCAGUUCUUGUGGAUGGACCAUUUGGGGUUGUUUCUGCUGCCGAGUUUAUCGGGAUAUUACUCUUUGUUGUGUAUGUUAUCUGGGCUGUCUACAGUUAUAUCACGAGUAUUCUCAGCUCCAUGUCUGAUCAGUUAACUUUUAAAGUGCAAAGUUGUUUGUUCCUGGAAAUAUUGGGACUUCGUUUAGGCUCAAUUGGGAUGUUUUGCCUGGCACUUUUGUUCCUACCGGUUGCAAGGGGAUCAGUUCUUCUUCGACUUAUAAAUAUACCUUUUGAACAUGCAACAAGAUAUCAUGUAUGGCUGGGACAUCUCACCAUGAUGCUCUUUACCAUCCAUGGACUGUGUUAUGUAGUGGCAUGGACGAUCGAGGGCCGUCUCCUCCAUGAAAUGUUGGAUUGGAAGGAUAUUGGUAUUGCCAAUCUUCCAGGAUUGAUCAGCCUUAUCGCAGGUCUGUUGAUGUGGGUCACAUCACUUCCUCCAGUAAGAAAGCUGAAUUUUGAGUUGUUCUUCUACACUCAUCAACUAUAUGUCAUCUUCGUUGUCUUCUUGGCUUUGCACGUUGGUGAUUUCAUUUUCACGAUGGCUGCUGGAGGAAUAUUCAUUUUUAUUCUUGAUCGUUUUCUGAGAUUCUGCCAAUCUCGAAGGGUUGUGGAUAUCAUUUCAGCGAAAUGCCUUCCAUGUGGAACUGUAGAAUUGGUCCUCGCAAAACCAAAAUGUCUGCGGUACAAUGCCCUCAGUUUUAUUUUUCUUCAAGUUCGGGAAUUAUCAUGGUUGCAGUGGCAUCCUUUCAGUGUUUCAUCCAGUCCUUUGGAUGGUAAAUAUCAUAUUGCCGUCCUCAUAAAGGUUCUAGGGAAAUGGACAGAAAAACUGAGAGGAAAUAUCUUGAAAAACUCAGAGGCAGAACACCAAAAAGAGCUACCUUGGACUCCUCGUGCUAAGAUAACAGCUUCUGUUGAGGGGCCUUAUGGGCAUGAGAUACCGUACCACUUGAUGUAUGGAAAUCUUAUCUUAGUAGCUGGUGGCAUUGGGAUUUCACCUUUCCUGGCCGUCUUGAGUGACAUUCUCCAUUGCGUUAGGGAAGGGAGACCUUGUAUACCAAGAAAUAUUUUAAUUGUUUGGGCUGUCAAAAGAUCAGAUGAGCUUCCACUUCUUUCAACAAUUGACAUGGAGUCAAUUUGUCCAUCUUUCUCUAAUAAACUAAAUAUUGAGAUUCGUAUUUAUGUCACUCGAGAAUCUGAACCUCCAUUGGAAGAAGGUCAAGUUCAGAACACUCUGGAUUUUUCUCUUUGUCCUACAUCGAAUAGGUGCGGCAUGUCUGUUUUGGUUGGUACUGGACAUAAUGUAUGGUCUGGACUGUAUAUAAUCUCAUCUACGGUUGGCUUUGUUAUCUUAAUGGGUUUAUUGGAUACCUUCUACAUAAACCCGUUUCGCAUAUCUUCAUGGUGGUACAAAGGGCUUCUUUUCAUUGCCUGUAUGGUGUUUAGUGUCUUUAUCUUUGGGGGUCUUGUGGUUGGUUUAUGGCAUCUUUGGGAAAGAAGAAUUUCAGAAAAAGAACAAUUUGAGGAUGCUAAGCUAAAUGCAGAUAAGGCAGGGCAUGGAGAAACUGUAGCUCACAAGGAUUCGCACCAGAAAGUUCUUGCGAAGCUAACUGGCAUUCGUUAUGGUGCAAGACCAAACUUCAAAGAAAUAUUUGAAAGCGUAUCGAAGAAUUGGGGCCAUGUUGAUGUGGGUGUCAUUGUGUGUGGUCCUCCAACUCUUCAAUCAAGUGUUGCGAAAGAGAUCAGGUCGCACAACUUGAGGAGACAGUUCGACCAUCCUAUCUUCCAUUUCAACAGCCAUAGUUUUGAUCUGUAGCCUCCCACUCCACAACUUGUUUAUUUAUAUGAUUGUACACAAAUAUGUAUAUAGAUAUAGACUAGAGCUUUAGUACCCGCGCGUUGCCGCGGGAAUAUCAAAUGAAUUAUAAGUUGUAUAAAAGUGUUAGAAUAAGAGAUUAAAUGAGUUGUGACCUGUGAA